AAGACAAAAAUCAGCUGAGGAAAUUCUGCUAAGUCCUGACUGAAGGCCUACAGUGUGAUUGUUCACAGAAAUACAUAAGAAAAGAAAUCGAACUUAAGUAAUAUUUAAAAGAUUUAAAAGAAUUCUUUUUCAGGGUCUUAUGAGAAGUGUGAAGUGACACAGGAGUUUCUGACACAAUGGAUCAAAGUGCCAUCAUCAAAACGAUGCAACAGUUUCUCAGCGAUCAACAGAAGGAGGCAGAACAGAAGAGGAAAGAAAUGGAAGCAAUGAUGAGCCUAUUCACAUCUACCAUAUCUAAACCCCAUGAGCCAAACUUUGGUCCUUUGGUUAAGAUGACCCCAGAAGAUGACCCUGUGGUUUUCUUGAAAAUAUUUGAGAGAGUGGCAAAUCACUGUAGCUGGCCUGAGGAGACAUGGCCCCUGAAGUUAGCUCCACUUCUAUGUGGUGAAGCUCAGAGGGCCUUUGCAGAUUUGGAUGAUGUAAGUGCGCGGUCUUAUACUAAAGUCAAAACAGCCAUUUUGCAUUGCUUCAGGCUGACUUCUGACUCAUACAGACAGCAGUUCCAUUCACUGAAGCUGCUGCCUGGUGAGUCCCCUCGCAUUUUUGCUCAAAAACUAAAGGAUUUAGCAAAUAAGUGGCUUAUGCCUAUGGAAACUGAAAAAAUGAAAUUAUUUGACAAAGUUGUGUUGGGACAGUUCAUGCUGGUUUUGCCAAAAGAAGUUCAGGAACAGGUGCAGAUGCAGCAGCCUGAAGAUCUGGAAUCUGCGAUUAAAUUUGCUGAGGAAUUGUCUGAUAUUUCAUCAAACCCUGAAGAAGGUCCUUCUCACCAAAUGUUUAGGUUAGCAAAUGACCUCAGAAAUAUCCCAACAUCCUCAAAUAUGGCUUGUAAUGUUUCACCUCUCGGACAAAGAGCAGAUUGUGUGGUAAACUUCUCACCUCGGCUCCAACAGGAAGCUGCUUCUCCACGUUGUGAUGACAGUUACAUUUCCAUAUCUGAAGAAAUGACUGAUGUUCCGAUGAACCUUGCAUUACAACAGACAACUAAAAAGAAACUUAAUGAAGAUGACUCACCUGCUGCUAAAAAACAGAGAUGUACUUAUGACAGUGAAGAACCUCUGAUAAGAUGUUAUAAAAUGGAGCAAGAAUCAAGAAAUAUUAUAUCAAGAAUGUAUGAAAAAAUGAAAAAUUUGUCAUGCACUGGAACAAAGGAAGCUUCCUUUUUAGCAGAGCUGAAAGAAAAGAUUGUGAAUUUAAGAGAAAAGAAUAUUUAUGAAGAAAUAUUUAUUGGAAUAUUUGGCAAGACAGGAUCUGGAAAGAGUUCACUGAUUAAUGCUCUUCUAAAUGAAAUAUAUUUGCUGCCCACAUCAUCAAGACAAGCUUGCACAUCUUGUAUUGUCCAAGUGCAGGCCCAUGAAAACAACACCCAGUACAGAGCCGAGAUCGAAUUUAUCAGCAAAGAGGAAUGGGAAGAAGAGUUGAAAGAUCUUGUAGAGAACUGUAAAGAAGACGAAAGCCAGGAUAAUAAUGAGACAGACGACGGGGAGGAUACUGAAAGUGAAAGUGCAAAAGCAAAAAUAACUGCAGUUUAUGGAAAGAAUGGACUAAAUAAAAGCUUUUCUGAAUUGACUAAAGAGAAAAUCAAUGAUAUUUUAAACUCUACCAAAACUUUUAAUUUAAAAACUGCUGCCCAGUUGUCAGAGAAGAUAACCCCUUAUAUAAGGUGUGAUGCUGACGAUGAGACCAUCUGUUCUUUUUGGCCUCUGGUGAAGGUUGUUAAAAUUUUUAUUCCAAAAACCCCUGACCUACCAAAUCAGGUCAUACUGGUCGAUCUUCCAGGAACUGGAGAUUCGAACAAAGAAAGAAAUAAAAUGUGGAAAGAGUAUAUUAGCAAGUGUUCAUCUGUUUGGAUUGUUACGGAUAUGACCAGAGUAGAAUCUGACAGAAACGCUGUAGAAAUCCUAAAUACAGGACUGAGAGGCAUUGCCGGUGGAGGAGAGUGCCAAAACAUAACCAUCAUCUGCACCAAAACAGACGAAAUUGGGAUUGUAAGUAAUUAUAACAUACAUGGAAUUUCAGGACAAACUGACUCAUGUGAUGAAAGCCAAAUAAGGAGACAGAUUAUACAGCAAAGAAAAAGUCAAGUCAAAAAGAAUAUUUUUGACAAAUGCAACAGCAAAGUAGAAAAAUUUCUUUUUGGCUCUGAGGAGAAUGCUGUCCACAGUCCCAUUAAAGUGUUUACAGUGAGUUCUAAGGAAUAUUGGAAUAACAAUCAAGGCAAAAAAAAAAUCCUAACAUUUGAAGAAACUGAACUCCCAUUAUUAAAAGAGCAUUUGAAGGUGAUCCAUGUCAACCAGACUGAGAAAGCAGUCAAAAAUUAUGUUUCUGAGGUGUCUGGGAUUAUAUCAUUUCUUAAUGUUCCCAAAGAAAAUGCAGAAGAGAAGGCCAAUGAGAAUAAAAUGCUGUAUUUUAAACUGAGCAAAACACUUACAGCUGAGGCUGGUAUUUUAGCUAAUUUCUUUGAGAAAACUUUUAAAAUACUGCAAACAGAAUUGACAAAAGGUGUGGCAAAUGCUGAAAAGGAAUGCCUAAAAAAUGUUCGGCGACUGUUAAAACCUGAAGGACUGAACUGUAGUGGCUACCACCAGACAUUUAAGGCUUUGUGCAAGAACUCUGGAAGUUUUCGUUCUUCCAAAGGCGACAUCAUUGAUCUUAACAAUGAAUUGGCCUUACCUAUCUAUGCGGCUGUGGAUAACACUAUAAAAAACACUUUCCAGUUUGAUAAGAACACAAGAAGAAGCAUAAAAGCAGCCCUGGAUUUACUUCAGAAAAAUUUUCAAGAAGACAGCGCUUUUACAAAAAAGAAAAUGACUCAAUCAUAUCGUCUGAUGUUCAUUAAAAUUGAACUAAGAAGAGUUCUGGCAUUCUUGACGAAAAAAGUCCUUCACAGAAAAAAAAUCAUAUACAACACCAUUACUCUGUCUGUUCAAGAUGGAAUGGAUCCUGUUUAUAAAGAAGCCAGCAAUGAGACAGGCAAAACCAGCAUGAAUAAAAUUAAAAUGAUGCUUGAAGAUAAAGUGAAACAAUCCCAGAGCUACAUGUUCAAAGAUGCAAUGCAAAAUAUGCUAAUUGAGUUUGCUAAACUAAAGGAUGAAGUCAAUUUAACUUUAGAACAGAAAAUGGAAGCAUCCAUGAAGCUGGCAUUGGCACAGUUUCCAGAGGGAAUGCAUUUUCCAGAUUCUGUGGAUGAACUGAAGAAGAUGAAAAGAUUCUGUGAAAUUUUAAAUCUUAAUAUUUUUGACUAAAAUCUCAAGCUUGGACAACUUGUACUUUCAUUUUUGUUUCAUUUUAUUCUUUUUAUUGUAACUAAUUAGAUUAGUCUUUGAAUGCUAACAUGUACUGAUCUUCUAAUGUUAAUAGAAAUAGUUAAUCAUUAAAGUUAUAUUAACAAUUUUACAGUCCAUUUUUAUGAAUGAAUCAGGAAUCUGGUACCAUCAAAACUGCAAGGUCUACGUAAGAAGCAACAUCCAGAGUUGUCUCUUUUAAUAUCUGGUAUCAUCCAGUGCUUUCUGUUUGUCUCUAUUGCAUGACAUAUCUUUAUGAUUUGGUGUUCAUUUAGUUUCUAAGUAUUACAG